UCGAUAUUUGACCCAGCUCUACAGACUGACAUCAUUCCCGCACACAAAACACCUAAAUAAAGAGAAAUCGAGCGAAAAUGGAGGCCCUGGACAUUCUGGAGAAGCGCAUCGAUGCUCUGACGCGAGUCCUGGGUCCCGUACAGGAUUCGGAGGCGGGAGAGGGCGUGGUGGACGCCCUGUGCUCGGCACACGCCCUCCUGGGCGAAGCCACUACGGGCAGUGCUCCACUGCAGCAGUGUGUGAAGCGAUCCGGCGAACUGGAGAAGUACCUGGACCCCAACUUCCUGGAGGAGCAGCAGCAGGUGCGCUCCAAGGAGGUCUACCUGCACGCCGUGGCCCCCGAGCUGCACACCCAGGCCGAGCAGCUGGAGAGGAUCAGGCAGCUGGAACCCGCUCUGGGGGCGGAGUACUUCCGCAGCAUUCCCGCCGAGUGCCUGGACCAGCUGAAGGGCAUCACCCAGAACAACGGGGAGUACGCCCAGCAGAGCGAACUCAUCGAGGAGAGUCUGGUCUUGGCCAUGAAGCGGUACGGCGAAAUCCAGGCGGGAUUACUCAGCUCCCUGGAUGCGAUGAGCGACCGGCUGGACCAGGUGGAGGAGCGCAUGGAGCAGCGGAAGCGGGCGGAGCUCAGCAAGGAUGUGCCGCCCAAGGAUUGAGCGACUAUAGCUCCAAAGACUGCUGAAAGUAUUUUAUACGACCCUGUUCCCGAAUCCAUUCCUAGUCAGUUUUGGCUUUUUGCUCAAUUCAGUUUCCAAAGAAAAGUCUUGGAUCAAUUUCAUAUAAGCUCGAUGUGAAAACUGAAAUAGAAGCCAUUCGUAAGCAAACUUGAUUGGAAUUGGAAAUGGAAUCCGGGAUUUUAGAUUUCCUAAUCACUUUUUAUAGAGAAGUGACUAAUGAUGCUCUUUCAAUUGUAAGUUUCCUUUUUAAAAAUUAUUUAAUAAUAGAACAAUAAAUUAAAUUAACCAAAUAAAACGGCUGAAAAUAAUUUACAUAUGUGAUUUUGAUUUCCAAACCAUUUGAAAAGAAUUGAUAAUAAUUAAUUGAUAAUAAUUAAUUUAAAAUGUCACUGAUCAAAACACUGAUUUCUUUAAUCGCUUUAUAGUAUGUCCGAAAACAAUAUGAAAUUGAAACAGAUCCUAUUAAAAAUUUUCCAUUAAGUGAAGCAUGUGGUAUUUUUAAAAACAUAUUACAAAAGCUCUUAAAAAAAAACAAAUUAAUCCAUAAAAGUUGAAUAUAUAAUAUUUUUAUUAUUAAAAACACAUACGAUUAUUGGCAAAAUGUUUAUUCCCUUAAAUAUGUAUAAAAUAAAAUGACAUUUAUCUAGGAAA